AUGUACAGCAAAUCUCAGAAAUGUGACAAAAGACUUUGCAGCUGCUCCCAGCCCCAGCCCCUCUGCUGCCUUGGCACAGAUUACCACUGCAAGAGGGGAAAUUGCUACUGUGAUGAGUUCUGCCACAUGGUACCAGACUGCUGCCCAGACCACAGUACCUUCUGCAAGCCUGGGAAUUCGCACACAGAUUCAUCUCCACCCACAGUCAAGCCGAAAGCUGGGAUUGAAAGAGCUUCUUGGGCCAGCAGGAUUGUGCUGCAGGUGAUGCUGAGGAUGGAGAAGCCGCCACAGACUGCAGGGGGCAAUCUAGACUGGCUACAGAAUCUGGUCCAGCAGCUUUUCCAUGUCAACCUUUCUGGAAGACCGCUUGCCAUUGCCGUGAAGGGAAUCAGAAAGCGAGCCUGACUCCUCCAGAGGCUCCCCGCACCCUGGGUCAUCAGGGAUCACGGAGCAGAGGGCCCCUCUUGCCCCCACCUUGGCCAGCGCUUGUCUCUUUGCCGCCAUCUGUGUACUUCCGCAGUGGUUUAGCUGGAGGAAGAUGGAAACCUGCGA